AUGUCCAACGUUUUCUUCCCUUACUCCAAGGCGCCUCUGCGCACCAUCAAGGAGAUCCAGUUCGGUCUCUUCUCCCCCGAGGAGAUCAAGCGCAUGAGUGUCGUCCAUGUGGAGUACCCGGAGACCAUGGAUGAGCAACGCCAACGGCCUCGGACUAAAGGUGUGAAUGACCCACGCCUGGGCACCAUUGAUCGCCAGUACAACUGCGAGACUUGCGAAGAGGGACCUAAGGAAUGUCCUGGCCAUUUUGGUCACAUCGAACUCGCGUCUCCGGUCUUCCAUAUUGGUUUCCUCACCAAAACCAAGAAGCUUCUGGAAACUGUGUGCCACAACUGUGGAAAGAUCAAGGUCCACAGGGAUAACCCAAAGUUCCUGGACGCCGUUCGUAUCCGAGACCCGAAACGACGCUUUGACGCUAUCUGGAGGGCCUCGAAGGAUGAAAGUGUCUGCGAUGCUGACCCUUCGCCCGAGGAUGAUGAAUAUCAGAAGGACUCAGACAAGAAGCCCUACUUCCAUGGUGGUUGUGGUAACGCUCAGCCAACUGUGCGUAAGGAUGGCAUCAGUCUAGUCGGUACCUGGACGCCUAGCAAGAGCAUGAUGGAGGAUGAGAUGGCACAGCCGGAGAAGAAGGUGAUCACUCCGGCGGUGGCUUUGAACAUUUUCCGCAAUAUUUCCCAGGAAGAUGUUCGCAUCAUGGGUCUUAGUAACGAUUACGCUCGCCCCGAGUGGAUGAUCCUCACAGUCCUUCCAGUUCCCCCUCCAACUGUCCGUCCCAGUGUUAUGAUGGGAGCCACGAGUGGAGCUCGUGGAGAGGACGAUCUGACCUACAAGCUGGCGGAAAUUGUGCGCGCAAACCAGAACGUUCAGCGCUGUGAGCAGGACGGUGCACCAGAACACGUUAUUAGGGAGUUCGAGUCCCUCCUACAGUACCACAUCGCUACGUACAUGGAUAACGAUAUUGCCGGCCAACCUAAAGCGAUGCAGAAGUCAAACCGUCCUGUCAAGGCUCUUCGCAGUCGUUUGAAGGGUAAGGAAGGUCGCCUGCGACAAAAUUUGAUGGGUAAGCGUGUGGACUUCUCGGCUCGUACUGUCAUCACAGGUGACCCCAACCUGUCUCUGGAAGAAGUCGGUGUUCCGAUUUCGACUGCUAAGAUCUUGACUUACCCGGAGGUGGUAACUCCGUACAACAUUGAGAAGCUCCAGCGGUUGGUAUCAAACGGUCCCAAUGUGCACCCUGGCGCUCGAUACAUUGUGCGAGAUACUGGGGAGCGUGUUGAUCUCCGUCUUGCCAAGCGCGGUGGUACCCAGCAACUGCUGUACGGCUGGAAGGUUGAAAGGCACAUUGAUAAUGGCGAUGUGAUUUUGUUCAACCGUCAGCCCUCGCUUCACAAGGAGUCUAUGAUGGGUCACCGCGUCCGCGUAAUGCCCUUCUCGACCUUCCGGCUGAACUUGUCAGUCACUACGCCUUACAACGCCGAUUUCGACGGUGAUGAAAUGAACUUGCACGUUCCGCAGGGCGAGGAAGCCCGCGCUGAACUGGCUGAGCUUGCUCUUGUCCCCAAGAACAUCGUUUCGCCUCAGCGUAACGGUCCUCUUAUGGGUAUUGUGCAGGAUACUCUGUGCGGUAUCUACAAGAUUUGCCGUCGUGAUAUCUUUCUCAACAGAGACAUGGUCAUGAAUAUGAUGCUCUGGGUUCCCAACUGGGAUGGUGUUAUUCCUCCUCCUGCAAUUCUGAAGCCUCGUCCUCGUUGGACUGGUAAGCAGAUUAUCAGUCUGGCUUUCCCCACUGGUCUCAACCUCCUGCGUAUCGAUAAGGAUAGCUCACCUCUAUCUGAGAAGUUCAGUCCUCUCAACGACGGUGGGCUACUUAUCCACGGUGGACAGCUGCUGUAUGGUAUGCUUUCGAAAAAGACAGUCGGUGCCAGCGGUGGUGGUGUGAUUCACACCAUUUUCAAUGAGUAUGGAUGUGACACUGCUGUCAGCUUUUUCAACGGUGCUCAGCGAAUUGUCAACUAUUGGCUUCUGCACAAUGGUUUCAGUAUCGGUAUUGGUGACACGAUUCCUGACCAGAAUACGAUCCAGAAAAUCGAGGAGGCUGUUCGUGAGCGAAAGAAGGAGGUCGAGACUAUCACUGCCAGCGCCACUGAGAACACUCUGGAGGCACUUCCUGGUAUGAACGUCCGUGAGACCUUCGAGAGCAAGGUGUCUCGUGCCCUUAACAACGCUCGUGAUGAGGCUGGUGCCGCGACUGAAAAGAGUUUGAAGGAUCUGAACAACGCUAUUCAGAUGGCUCGCUCUGGUUCCAAGGGUUCCACUAUCAACAUUUCUCAGAUGACUGCCGUCGUCGGCCAACAAUCCGUGGAAGGAAAACGUAUUCCGUUCGGCUUUAAGUACCGCACUUUGCCCCAUUUUACCAAGGACGAUUACUCCCCGGAAUCCCGUGGUUUCGUCGAGAACUCGUAUUUGCGUGGUCUGACUCCCACCGAGUUUUUCUUCCACGCUAUGGCUGGUCGUGAGGGUUUGAUUGAUACGGCUGUCAAGACUGCUGAAACUGGUUAUAUCCAGCGUAAGCUGGUCAAGGCCCUGGAAGAGGUAAUGGUCAAGUACGACGGCACUGUUCGUAACUCAUUGGGUGAUAUUAUUCAAUUCAUUUACGGAGAAGAUGGUCUUGAUGGCCAGCACAUUGAGAACCAGCGUGUCGAUAUCAUUCGCUGCUCCGAUGAGAAGAUGCGUGAGCGUUUCCGCGUUGAUGUCAUGGACCCCGAGCGUACCCUGGGCCCUGAUGUGCUCGAGCAGGCAAAUGAGAUCGCCGGUGAUAUGGAAGUCCAGAAGUACUUCGAUGAGGAAUGGGAGGCUCUUCUAGAGUCUCGUGCUUUCCUUCGUACUGUUGCCAAGGAGGAUGAAGAGAUGAUGCAACUCCCUAUCAACGUGCAGAGAAUCCUGGAAAUGGCCCGAACGACUUUCCGCAUUCGCGAGGGCACUAUCAGUGAUUUGCACCCGGCUGAGGUCAUCCCUCAAGUUCAAGCCUUGCUUGAUCGCCUGCUCGUCGUCCGUGGCGAUGAUGUGAUCUCACGUGAGGCUCAGGACAAUGCAACCCUCCUGUUCAAGGCUCAGCUUCGCAGCCGUCUCGCCUUCCGACGCCUUGUUACAGACUACUCACUUAACAAGCUUGCAUUCCAGCAUGUUCUCGGUGCCAUUGAGAGCAGAUUCGCUCGAGCAGCAGCUAACCCCGGUGAGAUGGUUGGUGUUCUUGCGGCACAGUCCAUUGGUGAGCCAGCUACCCAGAUGACCCUGAACACCUUCCACUUUGCUGGUGUUUCUUCCAAGAACGUUACUCUGGGUGUGCCUCGUCUCAAGGAAAUUCUCAAUGUGGCCACCAACAUUAAGACUCCAUCCAUGACUGUGUACCAGGAGGCUGCCAGCACCUAUGACAAGGAGGGCGCCAAGCAGCUGCGAAGCAUUGUCGAGCACACCAGCUUGCGGUCCGUCACUGAGGCCACUGAGAUUUACUACGAUCCAGAUAUUCAGUCGACUGUCAUCGAGAACGACCGGGAUAUGGUAGAGUCUUACUUCAUCAUCCCUGAGGAUAUUGGCGAAGAUAUCAAUAGCCAAUCGAAGUGGUUGCUUCGUAUCAUUCUUAGCCGUCCUAAGCUUCUUGACAAGGGUCUUACUGUUCAAGAUGUUGCGGCCAAGAUUAAAGCGGCCUACAAAAAUGACAUUGCUGUUAUUUUCAGUGAUAACAACGCCGAUGAGCAGGUUAUCCGUAUCCGUCAAAUCCAGCACUACAAGGAUGACGACGACGACGACGAUGUUGAAUACGAUGUGACCCUCAAGAAACUCGAGCAGCACCUUCUCGAUACACUGACUCUGCGCGGUGUUCCUGGUGUUGAGCGUGCUUUCAUUAACGAGAAGAGCAAGGUUCGUGUCCUUGAAGACGGCACUCUCUUCACAAGCAAGUCCGAUCCUCUCUGCAAGGAAUGGGUUCUUGAGACCAGCGGCUCCUCUCUCGCACCGGUUCUUGCCAUUCCUGGUGUCGACGCUACCCGCACCUAUUCCAACCAGUUCAUCGAGAUUUUCCAAGUGUUUGGUAUCGAGGCUGCGCGUACUGCCGUGCUCCGCGAAUUAACCCAGGUGCUUGCUUUUGAUGGUUCAUAUGUCAAUCACCGUCAUUUGGCCCUCCUGGUUGAUGUCAUGACCGUCCGCGGCUACCUGACCCCCGUUACUCGUCACGGUAUCAAUCGUGCUGACAACGGUGCACUGAUGCGUUGUUCGUUCGAAGAGACUGUCGAGAUUCUCCUGGAGGCUGCCGCCUUUGGCGAGCUCGAUGACUGUCGCGGCGUGUCAGAGAAUCUGAUUCUUGGGCAGAUGGCCCCCGCUGGAACGGGAGAGUUUGAUGUCUACUUGGAUCAGAGCUUGCUUAACACUGUUGUCUCCAACACGAACGGCUUUCGUCCAAUGGAUCACCGGGAUGCGCUUAUUCCAGAUGGUGCUGCAACCCAGUACGACACAGGCUCACCCAUGGCCAGCUCUUCGUACAUGGUUGAUGGCGAUCCAAAUUCGGUCUUCUCUCCGAUCCGUCAGUCCGGCGCGGAAUCUCCUGGGGGUAUCACCAAGUACCAGCCUCAGGAUGGGUUUGGCGGACUCAGCCCAGCGGGUCGCAGCCCUGGUUAUUCCCCAACCAGCCCCUUCAAUACCAGCCCGGCGUCUCCUGGAUACUCUCCAUCGAGCUAUUCACCAACGUCUCCUGGUAUGGGUAUGACGAGCCCUCGUUUUGUAGCGUCGCCCGCCUUCUCACCCUCGAGCCCAUCGUUUGCCCCAACGUCUCCAGCUUACUCGCCGACGUCGCCGGCUUAUGGUCAUGCCUCGCCUACGUCCCCGUCGUACUCUCCUACGUCGCCUGGGUUCUCACCGACUUCGCCAAACUAUAGCCCUACGUCGCCCAGCUUUAGUCCUGCUUCGCCAGCCUUUAGCCCGACGUCUCCCAGCUACAGUCCCACCAGCCCUGCGCUCGGUGGCGGUCGGCACUUGUCUCCCACCUCCCCAACCUCUCCCAAGUACACGCCAACUUCUCCUGGCUACUCUCCCACGAGCCCCCAGUCCUACUCGCCAACCUCUCCUAACUUCGCUGGCUCUCCGACGUCGCCUACAUCUCCAAGCUACAGCCCCACUUCCCCGGCUUAUAGCCCAACGUCUCCGCGUCAGUGA